UACCUUCACACAAUAAAGUCAAAUAUCAGCAGACAGACACAAUUACUAUUGUAAUUGCUAUUAGUAGCUUAGUAGCUUUGUGUUGUGCAGUUUGUGACACUGUACCUCUCUCUGAAGUGCAGGGGAUGAGAGCAGAGUGUCACUAACCAUCUCCAACGCUUCUCACAAAGACUUGGGCAAGUACCAGUGUCGGCUCACCACUUUACAUGGAUCAGUCACUUUGGACUACCUGCUCACAUAUGAAGUGCUCAGUGAGAUUGUCAUCCCUCCAUCUCAAAAGACCAUCUCAUCUGCUCCUGUGCCGGUGAGCAGCGAAGAAGAGGAUGUCCACUGUUCCAGGUUGAUUUUCAAAGAGGAUUUUCUAGCUAACCAAUACUUUGGAGAGAACCAGCCUGCCAGCAUCAUCACUGAAAAGGUUCACUUUGGGGAGGGGAUGCAUCGGCGGGCUUUCCGGACCAAGCUGCAUGCAGGUCACAUACCCAUGUUACUACCUGGACACUCCUGUGUGCUCAAAGUACACAAUGCUAUCAGCUACGGGACCAAGAACAACGACGAGCUUGUUGAGAGGAACUUUACCUUGGCUGUAGAAGAGUGCCAUGUCCAGAACACAGCAAGAGAGUACAUCAAGGCGUACACCACUGCAGCCCAGUCUGUUGAAGCCUUCGGAGAAAUCCCAGAGAUCAUUCCCAUCUACCUGGUUCACCGUCCAUCCAAUGACAUCCCGUACGCCACACUGGAGGAGGAGCUGAUUGGUGACUUUGUCAAGUAUUCGGUCAAGGAUGGCAAAGAGAUCAACCUGAUGAGACGCGACUCGGAGGCAGGACAGAAGUGUUGUGCUUUCCAACACUGGGUCUACCAUAAAACUGAGGGUAACCUUCUGGUUACUGACAUGCAAGGAGUAGGAAUGAGGCUUACUGAUGUGGGAAUAGCCACCUGUAAGAAAGGAUAUAGGGGCUUCAAAGGAAACUGUGCCACGUCUUUCAUUGACCAGUUCAAAGCCUUGCACCAGUGCAACAAGUACUGUGAGAUCCUGGGCCUCAAAUCCCUGCAGCCCAAAGCUAAAAAGCCUGCAUCUGCUCCGAAACCUAAACCCCAAACCUCUGCUGCACCAAAGAAGAAAUCAUUUGGGCCCACAGUGAAGGGCAAGUCAUAAUAGGAGAAGAAUCUUGGGCUACGGUUUUAAUUGUUAUUGAAAUGGUGAGGGUAUUGAUGAUUAGCUUCUCUCAAGUUGGACCUCGUCAUGCAGAGGUUGGCCUGUAAGGAAGAAAGGUUUUGGGCUGCAGCAGGCCAGUGCAUGGAGGAAACACAUGCGUUUGACUGAACGGAGCAAUCUUUAAGCAACCAGCAUCUGUAGUUUCAUAAGAGUUUUUGCUUCAUCUCAUGUUGAACAUUUGAGAAAUAUAUUUUAAUUUAAUGAAGAUUUCACCAGAGAUUGUUUCUGUAUGAGAGAGUAUAAUCUAGGGGUGGAAACUUUAUUUAGUUUUGGGAAAACUGUGACAAAUUUAACAAACACUUGAAAAGGAUGAUGAGAAUGGUGAGUUUGUCAACAGUGUUGAACUGUGAUGUCUUUGAUGAUUUAGACUUUAUUGACUUUAUUGAUGAGUGAGAUUUUCAUGUUUUUUCAACUUGUUUUCAAAAUAAUAGUUCAUUACAUUAAUGAACAUGUUGAUUAAUUGAUUGGAGGAAAUUUCUUUCAAGUAGGUUGUAUGAAAAAAUACACACAGUACAGGACAUGUAUUAUUUUUGGUUACACAGUAUGAGUGGGUCGUUUUUGUUUGGUGGUAUUUCAUGAUCGUGUAUUCAGUUCAGUGUUGCAUUGUUAUUAUAGUUUUAUUCAUUUAGUAACGGCACUGAUUCAGGAUGAGUUUAUAUUUUUAUUCUGGAAACAACACAAAGACAUUUUGUACACAUAAAGCUCAUGUAAAGUAGGCCUUUCAAUGUAUUCACUGAAAAAUGUGAAGAUUUAUUGAUUUGUCAUGUUAUCUAGGGCAGUUCUGCUUGUUAAAUUGAUUUCAAUUGAUUGAUUGAAUGUCUGGCAUCAUUUCAAGGAUCUAUACUUUAUACGGUCUAGCUCAAACUAGGUGAAAGACAAAUCUGGACCCAGUAAUCACACCACACUAACCUUACAUCCAGAGCAAAAUCUACUUGCAUACACAGUCCAUUGGAUGCUAGCUAUGCUAACUGCAAUC